CAUCAAGCACAAAGCCAACGCAGAUACAGACAACAAGCCCCACCAAUCCAUCACUUUCCCAUCUUGCCUGGGACUCUCAGACUCACAAAGACGAGAGCAAACGCGGCGAAGGGCUUCCUUGACAAAGACCAAAUCAUGCAAGCGACUGGGACCACGGAGAUGCCGAUCCGAGCGAGAGAUGGGAUCGCGGAGAAUGCACAGACACCCACGGGUCACUUUGCGAGGGUGGAGGUGGAAUCAGUUGGUGAGGAUGAAAAGAGAGCCAGCAUCUCCAGCGCCGACCACCGAACAAAUGAGCACGAAAAGCCCGAAGACGUACGCGAAAGCAUCCGGAGCGAAGCCGAGUUCUUGAAGAUGAUCAAAGACCGCACCGCCCAAAUCAAUAGCGCGUGGCACAUCAAGCGAGACGAGGAGCUCAUGGAGUUCAGGAUCAGGGCGGCAAGGGAGGAGGAGUUAGAGAGCAAGAACGGAAAGCUUGAAAAGGAGCUCUCACAGGUCCGACAACAGCUGGCUGAGGCUAAAAGGGAGAUAGCAGGGCUGAAGAUGCACGUCACUGCUCUUCUGGCAAAGCCUAAGCGAUCUCAGUCGUUCUGAGGGGUUGACGGUUGCGAGCAAAGGCGGUCGUCAUUGAGGCAUGCGGAGGUGGAUUGUUGUGUGGCAAGCAACUUUGCGCGAGUGACAGCUCGCUCCCGGUCCAAUAUGUAGCGUACCAGUACUCCAGCAGGUUCACUCACACGUAGUACUCCAUUGCAACUAUCGGAAACGGAGAUGGCUGGCUCGACCGG